GGAUGCAAACUGGCCUCUAGAAAAAUAAGCUUCGACGAACCUCGACCCAGUUCAAACUUGUUACAUCGCCGACGAGGAGCAGAAUAGCGACUUUUGCGGAUCGUCCGUUGUGUUUCAAUAAUAACCUCCGAUUUGCAUAACGAUGAUCCACGAUGCUCCUACGAAAUGAAAUUGAAAUAAGAAACGGUUCGAUCGUUACUGACAAGAUGGUGUUAGCCGCUAGAUGAUGUUGAAAUUCAAAUAUUUUACGAAAUCUGAAAUAUCGAAGAUCGAUGCUCUGCAUGAAGGUAUGCAUGAUUUUUCACUCUUUGGAAUUAUACAAAUUGAGUGAUUUACGUUCAAGCUUAACCUUUUGACCCAACGAAUUGGAAUAUAUCUUUGGCUACUUUUUCAAGAAAGUCAGUAAACGUGUCUCUUCGCUCUUUUGAAUUUCUCUUUCUCUUAUUUCUCUUUGUGUUCCAUGUUAUUAAAAAAAAAAGAAAAAAAGAAAAAAGAAAAAGGAACAAAAAUGUGAAAAAUUAGUUGAAAUAAUACGUUAUUUCGAGUUGUUAUCUAUCUGGCCGAGUACCAAUCGAAGAAAAGAUGGACCGCUAUCGGAGAAACACAUCCACGUGACAAUCAGCUGAUCGGUCGUAGCCAUUCAACUGCAUAGAACUCAGGACCAUUUGAUCUUGACGUUCUGUAUAGCUGGCCAAGUUAUCGACGUACGAGACACGAAACAAGCAAUAGGAACAGAAUGUACGCGUUAGGUACGAGCGAAAUAUGGUAUUAGAAUUCUGGACAGAACACGCAUUCACGCUUGUUAAAGCUGUCGGGAUUCCUCUGCGAGCGGUUGCGGGACGAGAAACUGGUCCCUACAAGGACAACGAGGUAAUAGACGCGCCGAAUAAUACGAUACGAUCCAACGAAAUAAAGUCAACGUCGCUCUAUUAUGAAUGCAUAAAUUUGUGCAUCGAUUACUCUUGUUCUCCGAUCGAAAAUCGACGGAUGUCUGCGGUGAGCCAAUACUCGCGAAUGCCUCGUUCUCGUGUCGCGAGUAAUUGGAUCGUCCUGAGAAAGUUCACUGACUUUCGGAGCUCGUGUUCGAAUCGGUCACAGUUUCUUGCUUCGACCAAAUGGAGCCGCCUUUUGACCCAGUCAGCAUACGUUUCCUACCCACUAAGAGGCACAACGCACUGUCUUUUGCACGUCUAACCCUUUCACCGUGACGAUGUUACAACAGUGAUCGCACUCGGUACAUACGAUGGCGUUAGCACACCUGCUAGCCAAGUCUCUAAACGAUAUCAGCGGACGAGCAUGCCUAGCGCAUCAUCGCGCUCGUUGGUGACUUAUGACAAAUCUGAUUUCUCAUGUUGCCACCCACCGUUCGCCCGCGAUCUUGGUUUCCCAAAAGCUGGUGGUAGCUUUCGCGAGAACCACAUCGCUAAGCAAAGACCAAUUAUUUCUACCGGCCGCUUAACAACACGAGCUGUUUACCGAAUC